AUGACAACCGAUCAGAAGCCGCUAGGGUUUCAGUACCAGUUCGCAGCUGGUGCUGUGGCUGGUGUUUCCGAGAUCCUGCUCAUGUACCCUCUCGAUGUCGUCAAGACCAGAGUUCAGCUGCAGGGCAAGGUAGCCAUACCUGGACAAGAUCACUACACCUCGAUGAUGGACUGCUUUAGAAAGAUCAUCAAGAACGAAGGAGCAUCUAGGCUGUACCGAGGCAUCGGCGCCCCCAUCAUGAUGGAAGCACCCAAACGAGCCACCAAGUUUGCGGCCAACGAUUCCUGGGGUAUUUUCUACCGCGGUCUGUUUGGCGUAGAGAAGCAGACACAACCGCUCGCCAUUCUUACAGGAGCCACUGCUGGUGCGACCGAAUCCCUUGUCGUCGUACCUUUUGAGCUUGUAAAGAUCAGAUUACAGGACAAGGCAAGCGCUGGAAAAUACAACGGUCUCAUUGACUGUGUUACGAAGACUGUCAAGAGUGAGGGACCUUUGGCUCUAUAUAACGGCCUGGAGUCUACAGCCUGGAGACACAUCUUGUGGAACGCUGGAUAUUUCGGCUGCAUCUUCCAGAUCAAGUCGAUCUUGCCAAAGCCAGAGGUAGGCAACAAGUGGCAAGCCACGCGCAAUGACUUGCUCUCUGGUGCAAUUGGUGGUACUGUUGGCACAAUCCUCAACACACCUAUGGACGUUGCAAAAACGCGUAUUCAGAACUCGCCAAGGAUAGCUGGCCAGGCAUUGAAGUACAACUGGGCAUGGCCAGCACUGGGAACGAUCAUGAAGGAGGAGGGUCCCGCCGCGUUGUACAAGGGUUUCCUGCCCAAAGUGCUGAGAUUAGGUCCAGGUGGAGGUGUAUUGCUUGUGGUGUACACGAACGUCAUGGAUUGGUUCAGAACAAUGGGUGCUCAGCCAGUCGCGUGA